CCACGUCGGCGAGAUGAGCAUAUUCGGUGGAGCUUACGUGGCCGAAAUACUUCCAGAUGGCGUAGUUUGGUUGUGUCGGGUUGGCGGCCAAGGGUUUGAGCGAGCUCACGGAGUUCAUACGAUCGACUCUCUCUUUUUUUUCUUCUUCUUCUUUGGCGGUGCUCUCCAAUUCUGUGAAUCUGGAAUGAGAGCUCACGAGCUUUGAAUUCUUUCUCGCUUCAGCGUCUUCCAAUUGGUAUUUUAAGAUUUUCCUCUCCACGAGAGCUCAGGAAUCGCAGAGAAGAGACAACAUUUUUUUUCUCUAUCCCCUUUUUUGGGGGGUUUGGGUGAUGAUCCAUGAAACUAGCGGAAUGGAUGCUUCUUUCCGGCAAGAAGGGGCUACCAAUUGAGUAGCUUAAAAUGCCUGCUAGCAAACCAGGAGUAGAGAGUGAUGCCGGAAGUGAGUUUGUGGAGAUCGAUCCCACUGGUCGCUAUGGUCGGUACAGCGAAGUUCUCGGCAAAGGAGCAUUCAAAGCUGUAUACCGGGCGUUCGAUGAAGUGGAUGGCCUCGAGGUUGCCUGGAACCAAGUCAAUGUCCAAGAUCUCCUGCGAAGUCCCGACGAUCUUGAGCGUUUGUACUCGGAAGUUCAUCUUCUAAAGACGCUCAAGCACAAGAACAUCAUCAAGUUCUACACAUCCUGGGUGGAUUCCAAGCGGAGAAAUGUCAACUUCAUCACAGAGAUCUUCACAUCCGGUACAUUGCGACAGUACCGCAAAAAGCACAAGAAUGUUGACAUGAAAGCCGUGAAAAACUGGGCCAGGCAGAUACUCCGUGGAUUGCUCUACCUCCAUAGCCAUGAUCCACCCAUCAUCCACCGGGACUUGAAGUGUGACAACAUAUUUGUGAAUGGAAACUAUGGCGAAGUUAAGAUCGGAGACCUCGGCCUCGCCACCAUUCUUCGACAAGCUCACGCUGCUCACAGUGUGAUUGGUACUCCAGAGUUUAUGGCCCCGGAGCUUUACGAGGAAGAAUACGACGAGCUGGUGGACAUAUACUCGUUUGGGAUGUGUGUUUUGGAGAUGGUUACAUUUGAGUACCCCUACAGCGAGUGCACGAAUGCCGCACAGAUUUAUAAGCGAGUCACUUCCGGAAAGAAACCAGCUGCCUUUGAGAAGGUGAAGGAUCCGGAGGUCCGGAAGUUCAUCGAGAAAUGUUUAGCAGCAGUCUCCAGAAGACUUCCUGCCCGGGAGCUCUUGAUGGAUCCAUUCCUUCGAUGUGACGGGGAGCGAGAGACUCUGGAAUGUAUCCCAGUGAUUCGAAAGCAAUCCCGAGUUGACGAUAUGGAGGAGCUGCGGUCUUCCGCUGUGACAAAUCACGAAUCCGAUCAAGGCGAUUCGGAUCAGCAAAGAAAAAGCAUAGAUUUCAAAGUCAAGGGGAGGCGACGAGAAGACGACACUAUAUUCUUGAGGCUGAGGAUCGCAGAUCCGGAAGGUCAUAUACGCAACAUCCAUUUUCCUUUCGACGUCGAGGGCGACACAGCGCUGAGCGUAGCGAGUGAGAUGGUGGCGGAGUUGGAUCUCUCAGACCAAGAUGUUACCACCAUCGCCGAGAUGAUCGACGCAGAGAUCCUCAACUUGGUCCCGGACUGGAAGCCAGGAGCAGCCUUUGACGAGAGUGGUGGCGAUGGAGAAAACAACUACAUAGAUGGCGAUGACAUGAAGAACCUUGGGGACGCCACGGACAACGUCUCCUCGGAUGGUUCUCACUUCGCGAGUGGGAACAUCAAGCGGCACCUUUCUCCACAGCUCCCGUGCGUGGAUGUGGCAUCUCCUCCUCGCGGCGAAGGGACGAUGUAUGGAAGAUUUGAAGAGGUCUACUCGGGUGGCUCGGACCCGUCGGAGGCGAAUGCUUUCUUCUCCAACGAGUCCUCGGACGAUGGUGAAGAGACGAGCUUCCCGGCAACUCCAAAGUCGGAUGCUAGCGAUGGUAGCGUCUCGUCGAGCUUGAAUCCGAGCUUGUCGGCGGUGGAAGAGCCCCCGGAGCAAGAUCCAGCGUCGUUCAACAAGCUGGUGGAGCUGAGGAGGAGUGAUUCAUCGCAGGACCAUGCGUAUAGCUGGGAAGGGAUCGCAGUGGAAAGAGAACAAACACUGGCGGCGGAAUCAUCGUCUUGUGGUGGGGUGACAGAUUUCUACAAGGCUGGAGAAGAAGAUGGCGAAGAAAUGGCGCACGAAAUGAUGCUGCUCAUGUUAAAGCAAGAGGAGGAGAUCAAGGAGUUACAAAAGAGACACGAGCAAGCUUUGUUUAUGGUGAGAAACAAAAGCAUAUGAUCCCAGAAAGGUGGCACACACUUGUUCUUGUGUUACUAUUGGAUUGUUCUUAUAUUUCUAAUAUAUUUGCUUUGGAUGAA